AUGACGAACAGAAAACAAAGCAAUAAAUCGUAUGUCGAUCAUAAAAGAACUUUGAAUUUUAGAGAGGAAACUAUGUCUAUAGUUGUGGUAGUCUGCGGAGAUCGUUGGAAAGAAACGCUAGUACUUUUAAAAUCAGCUCUUUUGUUUACCAAAGGGCAUUUACAAUUUUAUAUAUUUACAGACUUAGAAUUAGUUAAUGUAUUUCAAAGAGAGCUUAAUAUUUGGAAAAAGGAUUUUAAAAAAAAUUUUGAUUAUAAAAUUUUGGAAGUUAAAUUUCCGUCUGGUGAGUUUGAAUCAAGCUGGAGAAAAUUAUUUAAACCUUGUUCAUCUCAAAGAUUAUUUCUUCCUGUAAAUGUCGAUUCAGUAUUAUAUUUGGAUACAGACACAUUAAUUUUGGGACCAGUCGAACAAAUUUGGGCUCAUUUCAAAUUAAUGAAUUCAUCACAAUUUGCUGCUUUGGCACCAGAACAUGAAGAUCCUCUCACUGGAUGGUACAACAGAUUUGCCAGGCAUCCAUUUUAUAAACCUUUAGGUGUAAAUACAGGAGUAAUGCUUAUGAAUCUCACAAGAAUGAGAAAAUUUGAAUGGGAAAGAUACCUGUUGCCCAUUUAUAAACAAUAUAAAUUAAAAAUUCCUUGGGGAGACCAAGAUAUAAUAAAUAUUAUUUUUCAUUUUCAUCCAGAUAAACUUUAUAUAUAUUCGUGUAAAUACAAUUACAGAGCUGACCAUUGCAUGUACACAAGCGUUUGCAAAACUGCAGAAAAAGAAGGUAUUGUGGUUUUGCAUGGUUCUCGAGGGAUAUUUCACAGUGAUAAAUUUCCACCCUUCCAGAGUGUUUAUAAAGCGAUAGAACAGUAUAAAUGGGGAGGUGAUCUUUUUAGGGAUUUUUUUUUAACAUUAGAAUUGUAUUUAAAUUCAUCGAGAGUGUCAAACUGUGGAAAAGAUAUAAGGCCUUUUAUUUUAAAUGUACAAAAAUCGGUCAAACAGAAUAAUAUGAUUUCAUGA